UGCCUACCUACCACCGGUAAAACCAACUUCGUGUCGUUUACAAAAAUAUACUUUGAAAAUGCCUGGCAACUACGAGCUUCUCGCAAUGGAAAACCCUCUGCUGGACAUUCAGUGCAAUGCCACUGAAGAGAUCCUCAACAAGUAUAACUUGAAGGCCAACAACGCCAUCUUGGCUGAUGACUCGCACAAGCCUUUGUAUGAUGAGAUUGUUGAAAAGUUCAAUGUCGUCUAUGUAGCUGGUGGUGCUGCCCAGAACACUGCACGUGGUGCCCAGUACCUUUUGCCUCCCAACUCGACCGUGUACAUGGGCUGUGUCUCUGAUGACAAGUACGCCAAUGCCAUGAAGGAGGCUGCUGCUGCCGACGGUCUGCGCACCCACUACCAGGUUACCGAUGAAGCCCCUACCGGCACCUGCGGUGUCUUGAUCACUGGCCAUGACCGUUCGCUCGUUGCCAACUUGGCUGCUGCUGAAAAGUUCAAGCUCGACUUUUUGAAGAAGCCCGAGAACUGGGCUAUUGUCGAGAACGCAAAGUACUACUACUUUGGCAGCUUCUUCUUGACCCACGAUGGCGGCUAUGCCUCUGCCUUGGCCGUGUCGGAACAUGCUGCUGAGAACAACAAGGUCUUUGGCCUGAACUUGAGCGCCCCCUUCUUGUCCCAGUUCUUCAAGGACCGUUUGGAUGCCGUUGUCAAGAACGCCGAUUUGUUGUUCGGUAAUGAGGAUGAGGCCCGUACCUACUCGACUGCCGCCGGCUGGGGCACCGAUGAUGUCAAGGAAAUUGCCAAGAAGCUGGCCGCCUUGCCCAAGGGCAACGCCCGCCCUCGUACUGUUGUCAUCACCCAGGGCUCUGACGAGACCGUUGUUGCUGUCGGCGAUGCCGUCUCGGUCUUCCCCGUCACCAAGGUCGAGGAGCAGGACAUUGUCGAUACCAACGGUGCUGGCGAUGCUUUCUGCGGUGGUUUCAUGGGCUUGUAUGCUCAGGGCAUUGAGGAUGCCCCCCGCUGCGUUGCUGCUGGCCACUACAUCGCCAGCUUGUGCAUCAAGCAGGUUGGCCCCACCUUCCCCAAAGUCGGCGAGCGUGAAGCCAUUCCCAACUUUUAAGCAUUAAGAAAAAGCAUGUGAUGUCAAAGAAAAGUGUGGUUCAACAGCACCCCUUCCUUCUUUUGUUUUCUUGUUCUAAAAUAAUACCAUCUUCUAUCUGUAAUCAGCAUCCCUCCCUUGUGUUUCUUUCGUUUCCCCCCAAACCUACCCAACCCUACCCUUCCCACUCGUCAUUUGUAUCAUAAACCGUUUUCAACAACCAGCUUUAUGUAAAAUAUA